UAAAGCACCAGGCAUUCUUCUGUACUUUUUCCUCUAAAAAUUAAAACUAACAGAAAUUUAAUACUUCGAAUCCGAUUAACCAGAAGAAGAUCAUCACUACGACAAAAAAACAACUGCUUUAAUACUCUUCAAUUUUGUUUUUAAUCAUAUUCCUUAGUUUUAAUUUUAUUUUAAUCUAUCAAUAUCAUCAUCAAUCAUGAACUGCGAAGUCUGUCAGCUCAAAGAACUUGAAGUGGAGCACUUUGAAAUCAGAGAAGUUCUUCGCUGUAUAUUACACACGAUAGUCUUUCAUCGAGCUUUAGGUCUUGUUCGGCCGAAAGAUAUUGAUUUGGAACUCUUUGAAAUUACAUAUGUUCAGUGUGGGGAUAUUGAAGUUGAAAAGAAAAUAGAUGAAAAGAUUGAGCAAUUCAUAAGCUGGGUUGAGAAACAUCCUAAUAAGAAAAGCCAGAUAUGCUUAUCAUUCUAUGAAGUGAAAAGCAAACAGCCAUCAUGGUUUAAUAAAAUUGAGCGGCUAUAUUGGGAACAGUGGUAUGUCAAUUUGAAUGUGACUCAACAAUCAAAAGCAAAUUCUGGAAAGUCUCACUAUUCUAAAGUCGUAGUUGACCCUGGAGAGAGUGCAUCCGAGGAGAGGAGCGCUCGUAGAGCAGCACUUGAAGCAUCUCUCCGUGAGGUUCUGUUUCAAAUUAUAAAAUUUGUAAAUGAGAAAAAAGACCAUGUCCCCCCCAUAUCCGAGGGCGUUAUCUAUUUCCCAUAUGAAAUUACCAUCCCAAGGAAAUUUCUCUGAGGCUCAUGAUUAGACUGCUGAGUUAACAUUAUACUGCCAUUACUCAGCUCAUCGGAUUCUGCAUUUGGGAUGGAUAUGAUCAAGAGGAUGCUACAGACAGGGCAUCCAACUAUGCUUAGCUGAUUCUAACAGUUCGUGCCUCGACUAAUCAUCAACUUGAACGUUCCGAAGCUGUUUACAUCUUGUGUUGAUGAUGGUCUAGAAAUCUGUAAAUUGGUAGCCUGGUGCAGAACAAAGUGACGGGGUGAGCAAAGAUCGAUAUUCUGAAAGCGCUACUACUAGUUGCAUAUUCAAUUGUGUCAUGUAAAUAUUCUCCCUUUGCGUUUUUUUAUUUAUGAGGUGUUCCAAUUGCUGUCUAAUUAUUAGACUGAUUAAUAAUCUAGUGAACAAAAUAGCGGAAAUAUCUCAUCCUGGUGACAGUAUAGGGGUAUCGCUUCCUGCUACUUUUUAGGUUUGCUGUAUAUAAUGUUUUGAUUCUUGUUCAUGUCGGUCAAUGUUGAACAAACUGUCAAACUUUUGAACAUGACGAUCAUAAUCUGGUGGUUUUGAGA